UCCAAAAUCGCUGUUAUGCAGUUGAGAUCGGAGUCCAGCAGAAGAACCUGAACGAAUCUGCCCAUCGUUGGGAUCACAGCUUGAGGUUAGGACGUAAAGAUGUUUCUAUCGUUGUUAGCUUGCUGUAGUUCGGGUAUCGGUAUCGGUAUCGGUAACCGGGCUCUGAGGAAAUCCCUGCAAACAGUGAGACUUGGAACAGCAGUGCUACAGGAGAGGCAUGCUUCAACUUUGGAGGCCCCUCUGAAGAGUACCGCUCUGUUCGACUUUCAUCGUGAGCAGGGUGGAAAGAUGGUGGGCUUUGCAGGUUGGAGUAUGCCUGUGCAGUAUAAAGACAGCCACAUUGUCUCCCACAUGCACACACGAGAACACUGCUCCGUGUUUGAUGUCAGCCACAUGCUUCAGACCAAAGUCCACGGGAAGGACAGAAUAAAGUUCAUGGAGUCCUUGAUUGUUGCUGAUGUUGCUGAAUUAAAGGACAACCAGGGGUGUCUUUCUCUUUUCACCAAUGAGAAGGGAGGGAUAAUGGAUGAUCUAAUUGUGACAAAGACCGAUCUGGGUUAUCUUUAUGUUGUCUCCAAUGCUGGUUGUGCUGAUAAAGACUCCGCACACAUGAAGGCCAGAUUGCAGGAGUUCAAAGCUGCAGGUCAUGAUGUGGAUUUGGAGUUUCUGGAGGAGAGUCUUAUUGCUCUGCAGGGUCCUUCUAUGGCGCGCGUGCUGCAGCCAGGGCUGAGUGAUGACUUGAGCAAGUUGACCUUCAUGACCUCUGUGCUGACCCCGGUGUUUGGUAUCCAAGGCUGCAGGGUCACACGCUGUGGAUACACGGGAGAGGAUGGAGUUGAGAUCUCGGUUCCCACUGGGAGUGUUGUGGCUCUGGCUGAGAAGCUGCUGACCAAUAAUGAGGUUAAGCUAGCAGGACUGGGUUCACGGGACAGUUUGAGACUGGAGGCAGGCCUCUGUCUCUAUGGCAACGACAUCGAUGAGACCACCACACCUGUUGAGGCCAGCCUGGUGUGGACUAUCGGCAAGCGGCGACGUCAGCAGAGGGAUUUCCCUGGGGCAGAUAUUGUGGUUCCUCAGAUCAAAGCAAAAACUCAGAGAAAGCGCGUGGGCCUGGUCUCAACGGGACCACCUGUUCGACAGCACACACCCAUCCUUGCACCAGACGGCCGCAUCAUAGGUGAAAUCACAAGUGGAUGCCCUUCCCCCUGCCUGAAAAACAACGUAGCCAUGGGUUACGUGGAAGCAGGCUUUAGCAAGGUGGGCACAGCUGUGCAGGUGGAAGUAAGGAAGAAGGCAGUGCCAGCUGUAGUCAGCAAGAUGCCAUUUGUACCCGCCAAAUAUUACACUGGUCAGUAGGGCUGAUGGUACACUGGACACCUCAAGCGGUGGCCAUCAGUGUGAUGAGUGGCCAUGGAUGACCACUUACCCAGUGAUCCAUCAACACUUACUUCUACUGAUUUAUAACUUGUACUACUUGUACUGUGUGUGUGUGUACACUAUGAUCAUUGUUUCAGCCAUGGUAUAUGUUUUUUUUUUUUUUUUAGUGCAGAGUAGGCUUGUGUUUUAAACAUUCCUUACCUUAAUGUGACGGCGUAAUGUCACUGAAUUUAACCAGUAUAAGAUGGAGUAAUUUAAUACUGUGUUUGAUGAGUGUCUGGUAACUAACACGCUUUGUGCUACACUGAGCUAUACGAGCUAAUGCCAUCUGCAAUGAUUUUCAUUGUUCAAGUGUCACCAAUUUAUUAACAUGGUUUUGACUGAAUAACUCCUCAUAAUCCAAAAACUGUAAGAUUAUGUUUACAUUGAUUAUGUACAGUCAGGAGACAAACCAAAAUCUAGGCCUGUUUGUUUAAUUCCCUAAUCAGUGUGCCUAGAAAGAUACUGUGAGCCAAUGGUGACACAUCAGGAUGAUUUUACAGUCAAUCAAUACUUUAUAAAUUGUUUACCUACCUUUUAAAAUGUUUUAAUAAUGAACAGUAGAGAAUCACCUUGAACUAUUUAACACAGAUUGUUAUGUAAGCCUACAAUAUUGCCAAACGUGCCUUGGUUCUGUGACAGGAACCCAAGAACUGCCAGAGCAGUAUUAUUCAUUCCGUGCCAAACUGGACCAAUUACAAUCUGAUACACAUGGCAGUCAUUCAACUAAGGCUCUAUUCACACCUGGCAUCAACAUGCAUCUUGGGUGGUGAUUCAUUUUAUCACAAGUAGACAGCUCUUAGUACAGGUGUAAAUGUGAUUCAUUCGAUCACAAGUGGACAUCUCUUAGUACAGGUGUAAAUGUGAUUCAUUCGAUCACAAGUGGACAGCUCUUAGUACAGAUGUAAAUGUGAUUCAUUCGAUCACAAGUGGACAGCUCUUAGUACAGGUGUAAAUGCACCCAAAGCUCAUUGAAGACACAUUGAGACCUGAUCUCUGGGACCACACUCGGAGCCGUUCUGGGCAGCGUCUGGCAGGGUUCUUUUGCAAGUUGGAGUCCGGUGCGGAGCUGUGUUUGUCCACACAACACAGGUUACAUUGGUGCUGUGACCCACACCACUACCAACAACCCCCCUUUGAAGUCAGGAUAGAUAGCUAGAUAGAUAGGCCUGAACAUUAUUAACAUUAUUUGUGUCAAAAAAUGCAAUGUUUUGUUUGAACAUAAGUCACUACCGAAACUAACAAUACCCAAAUAAGCUUUUUAUUAAUGUUGCCAACACCAAUCAGAAAUGGAAGUUGCAUGCCUUUUUGUAGAACACUGUAAAGAAACCUGGACCAAUGACUGGCCUAAAAGGUGCUGUCUGGAUAUAAUGGCCUACAACAUGAUAAACUGAUUUUACAUUCCCAA